AAACGUGAAAGCCGAAUAAAAGAUCUCAAAUGGGUAAAUUUUAUGGAAAGUAUUAGAAAAAUACCUUGAUUAAUUUACAAGUCUAAACUAAAAGAAGUAAUCAUACAAAAAUUCCUACUCGCAUAAAUUUACGCUUUCGACCGGUAACUGCCGAUUAUUUCACGUGCCGUUGCAGUAUUCUAAAUUACAGAAAACGCUAGUUCUUUAACGGUUUAAAUUUUCCAUUGUAAUCAUGUCGCUGGACGAUGAAUUAUCUGAUAUUACUGACAACCGUGUUGUGGCCAUGGCAAAAUAUGUCUUAAUGACGUUGAAUACAAAAUCGGACAAAUGGAUUAAAAUGUACAGCAUUGAAGCCAAUGCAAAUUUAAUACACCAAUUUUUGAAUAAGUGUGAAAUUCGUAUGCUGAUCUUUACACUUUCAUCAACCGGAGUUUUCCAGGUUUUGAGUAAAUGGCCAGCAGUUGUGUCAACAAAAUCCUGCUAUUUUAUCAGAAAGUUUGAUCAGCCUAUUUCCCAAACUGAUUCUUUAUUAGAGUCAUUUAUUUGUAGUGAUUUGAGCCAUUCUCCUCUUGAUUACAUGUCAGUCUUCUAUAAUGAGGUUAUGCUUCCUAUAAUUACAAACAAGAAAAAUCAUACAAAUUGGCCAUCUGUUGUGUCUGAAGAUAUAAUUCAAGCCUCUUAUUCUUUGAAAAGAAAUAUUGACCUGAGUAUGGGUGAAAUUUUAGGAAAAACAGUGUUACCUAUUCCACCUAAUUUUGUGGAUAUAGAGAAAAUUUCAAACAUUCCCUCUGACCGUAAUUUAGUGCAUUCAAUUGAAACUGUAGUUAUAGAAUGGUCAUGCCAAAUCAGUAUGGUUUUAAAAAACGAUUCUGCACAAAUAUUGAUUGAUAAUGAAAAUGCUCUCCCUGUUGUUGAACUUGAGUUUUGGAAGGACAGAUCUCAGAACCUUAAAUUUAUUUACGAACAGCGUCCCGAAUUGGUUAAUAACUGA